AUGGGGUGCGCUUGUGGCGAGGUGGGCCUCUUCGUGAUGGGCCGCGGCGGCCUGGAGGCCGCGCCCUCCCCUGAGCUGCUGUUCACCAACGCUGAGGACGCCGCGGAGGGCGGCGCCAUGGCGGCCGCGGGCGCGGCCAUCGGGGCGGUGCUGGAGGGGGCGCGGCCUCUGCUGGUGGAAAUCCAGGCGCUGUGCAGCCCCAGGCAGCAGGUGGCGGGCCCUGGCGGCGGCGGCGACGAUGAUGACGAAGAGGAUGAGGAAGAGCGCGAGGACGGCGGCGGCGGGGGCGGGUACGGCGGCGGCGGCUAUGGUGGCUUCGGGGGGCGGCGGCAGCGGGAGCCCCCUGCGCUGCCGUUGAUGCGCGUCGUGACCGGGUUUAGGGACCGCUCCCGCGUGAGCAUGCUGAUGGAGGUCCUGGCCAAGCACACCACCAUCAAGACCCAGGCCGUCAACGUGCACGUCAACGUGGUGGGGGGCUACCGGGUGGACGCCUCAGAGACGGCGGCGGACCUGCCCCUGCUGGCGGCGGUGGCCAGCUCCUACCUGGACGCGCCCCUGCCCCCCAGGACGCUGGUGGUGGGGGAGGUGGGGCUCAGGGGGGAGCUGCGGGGCACGGCAAACAUGGAGCUGCGGCUGCUGGAGGCGGCGCGGCUGCGCUACCAGCUAGCGGUGGUGCCCGCGGCCAGCAGGGUCGGCCUCACACAGCAGGAGCUGGGGGGGAUGAGAGUCGUGGCUGCGCGCACGGUGGGGCAGGCACUGGAGGCGCUGUUUGGGCCGAGUGUGCUGCCACGCCAGCAGCGGGCCAGCAGCGGGGGCGGCAGCGGCGGUGGUGGGGCCGCCGCGGCAAGACGGCAGCGACGCGCUGCUGUGCAGCCGCUGUCGUCGGCCGCUUUUGCAUCUGAUGAGUGA